UUUGGCGGCUUGGGAGAGGUGUGGGAGAGUCGGGGACAGCGACGCAUAAGUGUUGUCGUGCCAGGUUUUUGUGAGAGAUGGGAAAGGGGGAGACAUAUUGGUCGAUCGGUUGUAUACUAAUAGCUGUAGUUGUGUGGUGUGUUGAUGGGUUGUUGAGUGAGGAAUGGGGGAUGUGAGUAGGAUGGAAUGGUUAGUGAGUGCUCAUCUUUAUAUCUUUUAUUUAGAUACUUUAGAGGAACUAGCAAGUACAAAUUGUAGUAUAGUGGAAUACAUAUUCGCAACUCUGACUCUCAACUCCCAAGUACAAAAAUGGGCCCGGAUUAGGGCAAAUUGAAGCUGUACAAAAUGUCCCGCCCGACGCCCUCACUAACCCAACCACCGCAUCUCAUUCGCCCAUCUCAUUUAUCGACACGCUGACAAAUGAACAGCGGAGUCCUCCAACAUCGGAGCAGUUACAAAAUGAAGAGCCCGACAUACACGUUGCACUACCCAUCUCCGAAAGGGCUAGAAACAAAAUGUACACUGGAGAAAACGAAGCCGAAAAUCAAACCCAAGCGCUGCCCAUCCUCCGCUGCGCGCUAUGUAACAAACCAUUCGAUAAGCAAUCAACACUUAAGCGCCAUGGUUAUUACUGUCGCUCCCGGCGAACCGGACAUGCGAACCGGAAUCGCUCAUGUAUACCCUGCGCAAAGGCUAAGGCGCGGUGCGAUGGUCGGCGGCCGGUGUGUUCGAGGUGUGCUGGGCGGGCAGCGGACUGUUGCUAUCCGGCGGGAACGGGAGUGAGUGCGAGUGUGACUGCGAGGAGUGAUCGAAAUCAGCAGGCGAAGACGCCCACAUCAACGGAUUCAGGAUCGAGUGAGAGUCAGGACGCGACUCCAGAUCACCUGGUCGUUAUGGAUCCCGAAAUUGAGACCGAGACUGCAAAUUUAAAUUCGAAUGCCAACCUCGGGCUCGGGUUCGAGAUUGGAGGCGAGUAUCUCCCCUGGGAUGAUAUCGAUAUCGACUUUACGGACUUUCUCAACCUACCGGGCAACACAAUGAGCUUGAAUUCGAACGGGGUUAUGGCUGCUAAGGAUAUUCAAUACCCGUCACCAAGCUCGAGUUCAUCAAUACCUGUCCAAGUAUCUCCCGAGACAAUUCAACGGCCCCCGGAGAUGCAGCAGAAUACGCCACUCCCGCCUGCUAUAACCACCCUCCCCCGCCUCCUCGUCCCGCGCCCAACACCCAAACGGGGCGCACAGAGAGCCACAGCGCUCAUACAGCACACGCUGAAGUCCUAUCUCGGACAUCUGCGACAUGACACGCUGCCACCGUUUAUCCAUCCGCUUUCUGGACCAGCUGACCUCAGCAAGAGCGAUAGCCCUAACAACCGCACGAGCCCAUUAACAAGGUGCAUCGACUGGAUCCGGAAACCAUCUAGCAAGGGUACUACAGGCCAAGCAUUGUUCUGGGGUAAUGUUCGAGGUGAAUGUGAAUGGUUAUGUGCUGAGUACUCUAAACUAGACCGCAGUCAGCUUCUCAGCGCAAUGCAAGCCGUCGCAUUCUACAUUCUACUCCGGAUCGAUGAGGGCGAAACAGAGUAUAACAACCUCGACUUUCUCCUCCUUGCCACAGUGACUGUCCUCGCGAAGCAAAUCACCUGGGAUUCUCUCGAUUCCUUGCAUCCUCCGCCCCAACCCUAUACCGAGUCGCAAUCCCCGGCUGAGAUUGAUACCGCGUGGAAGGAAUGGGUUUUCGAAGAAUCGCGAAGAAGACUUGCAGUAAUCUACCGCAUAAUAAACAUCCUUGUGUACUUCGAGCCAGCGGCGCGAUGCGACCUACCCAAGGACCUGGUCUUCGCACCGCUCCCGGCAAAGAAACAGCUCUGGGAGGCAUUGGAUGCCGCGGCGUGGAAGCGAGAAGUUGAUAGGGAUCCAAAGGGCCAGACGGUGUUUGGGUUGGUUGAUAGUGGGGAACUGAUUAAAUUUGAGGUUCACCGGGACCAGAACCAGGACCAAGAGGAUGGUGAGGGGGUUGAUGAUAGAAAUGGAGACAAAGAUAGCUCCCAAGAUACUACUAGUAGGAGAAAGGGAAGGGGAAAAGCAAGAGGAAAGGUCUUAACCCGACACGAGGACCUCCUCCUGCAAGUUUCUACGAGUGAAAACGGGAAAUCGUUGGUGCGGACCGAGGUGGGCUGGGAAGAGUGGUGUGAGGGGAUGGAUGGGUUUGGGAGUAUUGUGCUGCUUGUCGCUUCGAUGGUUGCUUAAUCUGGACUGCUCCUUACAUUGAGUGUGGGCUAGGGCUGGAGGAUGGAGAACGCUCUAAUCUCUCAUGAUGGAUUUUAAUGGGGUCUAUCUACAAACCCCAGGAUCCGUUAUCGAGAUUAGGGUUGGGAUCUUGGUUAAAUAUGCAGCAAACCCCGCGUCAUUACAGCACCCAAUGUAGUUGAAUAAUAGGUUGCUACCUUCAUUGCAUCUGCUGUCUUCGUUGGAGCCAAACGGCACGCCUAAUGUCGCUCAAGCUCCUCUAUCAAUUUACUCCGG